AUGCAAUCUAUAAUAAAAAGAAGAAAUUCUGAAAUACCAGAUCCAUAAUAGCCACAUGUUGAAUGGUUGGAAGAAUAUUUGGAUCUUGAAACAAUUGAAAUAACAGUGCUAUAAAAAAUUCAUAAUUCAAAUGAUCAAGCCAAUUUUGAUUGUGUAGUGUACAUUUCUAAUAUGUUUAAUUGUUAUACUUAAUUUAAAAUAGUGUACUUUAAAAAUUUGGAAUCUUAAGUAGAAUUGAUAUAAAUUUUAGGCAUUUAAAUAAUUUGAGACGAAUUCCUUCCAUAUGACUCCUUUCAAAUAAACCAAGAUAACAAAUCCUAGAUAAUAUAUCAAUGAAUGGCUAAAGAAAACAGGGUAUAGUCCAUUUUUGAUAAAAUUUCAAAUAAAGUAAAAUAUGCUUCAUCAAAUUCAACCUACAUUAACUUAGGCUAUUUAGAUAGCUGACUUUAUUAAAUCAAAAACACUUCAAAAGAACAUUGACUUACUUAGUGAUGAAACAAUUAACUUCAUUAACGAAAUGCAUAAAAUGAAUGUUGAUUGA